AUGGGAAAUGCUCCCUCCCCACCUCCCGCCCCUCUCCCAAACAUUGCUACAACAGCAACAGCAUACACUAUUGAAGCAGAUUCACCACCGGCUAUAGAAGACACGCUGGAAGACAACAGCAAUAGCAAGAAAUGGUCCCUCAAAACGAGAGAGAUCCUGCAUCGCGUGGAACGCUCCCAUGAUCGUAUCCCAGUGCUCCGCAAGAUCCCGCUUCGUGCGAUCGGGAUCAUCCUUUUUAUUGCGUUUUUGAAUGUGAUUGUUUGGAUUGCUGCUGCUAUUGUGUUGGUACGUUUUGUGCUUCGUUAA